AUGGUGCUCGCGAGCUUACUUUUUCUCGCCCUCAGUGCGACCGUGAGUCAGACCCCCGUGGUCGCCGCACUAGGAUCAGCAUGCGGUGUGCCACUCACCGCAGGAAACUGCUGCAUGGGGAGAGUCCUUACUGGCUCGAGAGCAUCCAGCAUCAGGGUAUUCCGUAACGUGAAGGAUUAUGGGGCUGUGGGUGACGGUGUGCAUGAUGACACUGCUGCUAUUAAUGCUGCGAUCUACACCGGUAACAGAUGUGGUAACGGGACUUGCGGAUCAUCGACAACUACUCCAGCAGUGGUCUACUUCCCAGCAGGUGACUAUUUAGUGUCUUCGCCACUUCAGGCAUAUUACUAUACGGUCAUGGUGGGCGACGCAAGAACACCCCCGACAUUACUUGCCAGUGCCAACUUCACGGGAAUGGCUGUAAUUGAUGCUGACCCUUACGGCACUAACGGGGCAAACUGGUAUACCAACCAGGAUAGCUUCUACCGUUCAGUGCGAAACUUCGUUAUAGACCUCACACGAAUGCCUGCCUCUGCCUCUGCCACUGGUAUCCACUGGCAAGUCUCACAGUCAACGUCACUGGUUAACGUGGUAGUCAACAUGUCUACCAAACCUGGAAACAAUCACCAGGGUAUGUCUGGUGGCUUUAUGGGAGACAUCGUAUUCAAUGGUGGAAAAUAUGGUAUUUGGGUUGGAAACCAACAGUAUGGUACACGAUGCGUUCUGGUACACUCGACUUAUAUGUCCCAAGCCGUGUUUGGAUCAUGGAACUGGGGAUGGACAUACCAACGCGUUAUAAUCAACGACUGCCAAGUCGGAUUUGAUCUAGUAACCGGAAGUGUUGGAGGAGAGGCCAUCAUUGACGCAGUCGUCACAAACACUCCUAUCUUCGUCAGGUCAUCAAAGCCGUCGAAUGGCUCCCUUGCAGGAUCCCUCGUAUUGAAUAACAUUCAUCUCAACAACGUGACUACAGCUGUCAUGGCGAACGACACUACCGUCCUUGCUGGUGGAACAAGGACCAUUAAGUCAUGGGGGCAGGGUAAUGUCUAUGCAGGAACCCGCCCGAACGGAACAUUCACACAGGGCGAGAUACACUCUGCGUAUAAGGAUUCGAGCCUUUUGGACCACAACGGUUUCAUCGUCAGCAAAGGACACCCUAUGUAUGCUGACUACUCCGUCGACCAGUUCAAGAGUGUUAAGUGCAUGGGAGCCGUUGGAGAUGGCAUGACGGACGACACUGAAGCUAUUAAAGCUGUGCUCGCAAAGUACGCUGGGUGCUACAUCAUAUAUUUCGAUGCUGGCAUCUACAAGGUUACGUCGACUAUACAAGUUCCAGCAGGAACACGAAUUGUAGGAGAGGCUUGGACCCAGAUCAUGGGCGCCGGCCCUUACUUCAAUAACCAAGAAGACCCCAAGGUUGUUGUGCAAGUCGGUGUUCCGGGGUCGCAGGGCGUUACUGAGAUUACGGACAUCGUUUUCACAACGCAAGGACCAGCUGCAGGUGCCAUCGUCGUGGAAUGGAACGUCCGCGAUCCUUUUGAUCAACAAGCAGCUGCAGGAAUGUGGGAUUCACACAUCCGCGAUUUAUUGUUCCUACUUAUUAUAGCUAAUGGGACCCACCUUCAAGACGCGGAUUGUCCCGCAGGAUCCAAUAGUCCCGCGUGUUUUGCAGCUUUCCUUGGUUUACACUUGACCUACGGUGCAACGGCUUACCUUGAGGGAACAUGGGUUUGGCUGGCAGAUCAUGAUCUUGACGGCUUGGAUCAGCUAACCCUGUUCAGCGGAAGAGGUAUUCUGUCACAUUCCCAAGGUCCUGUUUGGAUGAUUGGUACAUCGGAACACCAUGUGCUCUACCAGUAUAGUUUGGUCGGAGCAGAGAACCACUAUAUGGGUCUGAUCCAGACUGAGACACCUUACUUCCAACCUGAUCCUGCACCGCCGACUCCAUUCGGAAUCUCCCAAGUUUACGACGAUCCAACGUUUGAAAAUGGCAUGAACAUGGCUUGGGGACUCUGGGUGCAAUCAUCCAUCAAUAUCAUUGUUUUCGGUGCUGGUCACUACAGCUUCUUCCAGAACUACAGCACGGCAUGCUUGGGUAACACUACAUGUCAAGCACAGAUCGUCAACACGGAUUGGAGUUCUUCCGUCACUAUCUACAGUCUGACAACCGUGGGGACAACAUACCAGCUUAGCGUGGAAGGGGACGGGGUUAUCUAUUGGGCCAAUGACACUGAGGGUUUUUCGUCCACUGUGACGCUGUGGAGACCACAACACUAG